GAAGCAGUUUUAGCCUAUCUUCAUACGGUAUUGUCUUUGGUGCAUCCGCUUUCAACUUGUGAAAAACAUCUAGCAAACGUUUUAGAAGAGGUGUUCAAAGACUGAAGUAACUACUUUAGCUAGAUAAUCAAUAUAUAUGGCUCGUAAUGCGGAGAAGGCCAUGACGGCCUUGGCCCGGUUCAGAAAUGCUCAGCUGGAGGAGGGCAAAGUCAGGGAGAGGAGACCGUUCCUGGCCUCAGAAUGUACUGAGCUGCCUAAAGCAGAGAAGUGGAGACGACAGAUUAUCAGUGAGAUCUCCAAGAAAGUUGCUCAGAUUCAAAACGCUGGUCUGGGAGAGUUUAAGAUCCGGGACCUGAACGAUGAGAUCAAUAAGCUGCUGAGAGAGAAAGGUCACUGGGAGGUCAGGAUCAAGGAGCUGGGAGGACCUGACUAUGGGAGAGUGGGACCAAAGAUGCUGGACCACGAAGGGAAGGAGGUCCCAGGAAACAGAGGAUAUAAAUACUUUGGAGCAGCGAAAGACCUGCCUGGAGUCAGAGAGCUGUUUGAGAAAGAACGUAGGUCUACUGACAACUUAUACUUUAGGUUCAUACCAUGUUUGAUACCACUAUUGGAUGUGUACUGA